AUGGAAAGUAAUGCUGUCCUUCUGGAAUCCAAAUCCUCACCAAUCAACCUUCUGAACGAAAUGCACCAGCUGCGUCUCCUAGGCCACCUCUGUGAUGUCACCGUGAGUGUAGAAUACCAAGGUGUCCGGGCCGAGUUUGUUGCUCACAAAGCUGUGCUGGCAGCCACAAGCAAGUUCUUUAAGGAGGUCUUCCUUAAUGAAAAAGGCAUGGAUGGACCAAGGACUAAUGUGUUACUGAAUGAAGUCCAGGUAGCAGACUUUGCAUCUUUUCUGGAGUUUGUUUAUACUGCCCGGGUAGAGGUGGAAGAAGAUCGGGUGCAGCGCAUGCUGGAAGUGGCUGAGAAGCUGAAAUGUUUAGACUUGUCAGAGACCUGCUUUCAGCUAAAAAAGCAAAUGCUUGAAUCGGUCUUGCUGGAGCUGCAAAAUUUCUCUGAGUCGCAGGAUACCGAUGAGGAUGGUGGGGCCCGUCCUAGCACUUUAACCGAGCCCAAAACAGUCACUGAAUCACCAGGCGACGGCGUGGAUUAUUUUGCAAGUUCUGCCCUCAGGAGACCCAGGACUGGAUCGGACGUCGAGUCCCCCACCCUGAAAUUAAAGGAAAAGUUGGGCAAAAAAAAGGAAGCCCUGAAGGCCCCCUGUGCCAAAAUCAGGCGGGCGAGUGGCAGAUUGGCCGGCAGAAAAGUCUUUGUGGAGAUACCCAAGAAGAAGUACACAAGGCGCCUGCGAGAGCAGCAGAAGUUUGCCGAAGCUGUCGAGGAAGAGAGCCGGCUUUCCGAAGACCAAGGCACCCGUGAAAAGGGCGGGGAGGAGUUGACCGACCAAGCGGUGAACAGCGUGAAACUAGAGGAGAAAGGGUUUGAUGGUGCUGAGGACCACCGGGCAGAAAACCUGACUAAAUUGGAGGAGGAUAAAAAGAACCGCAGUGGCAACUUUACUUGCAGUACUUGUGAGCGAGAAUUCCUCUAUGAGAAGAGCUUUCUGAAACACAUCAAGCAGAGCCAUGGAAUUGCAGCUGAAAUCAUUUACCGUUGCGAAACCUGCGGCCAGACUUUUGCCAACCGGUGCAACCUCAAAAGCCACCAGCGCCACGUCCACAGCAGCGAGCGCCACUUCCCAUGCGAGCUCUGUGGUAAGAAGUUCAAGCGCAAGAAGGACGUCAAGCGGCACAUUCUGCAGGUUCAUGAGGGUGGUGGGGAGCGUCAUCACUGCCUACAAUGUGGAAAGGGUUUGAGCUCCAAAACGGCCCUGAGGCUUCAUGAAAGGACACACACAGGCGACAAGCCUUAUGGGUGCACAGAGUGUGAGGCUAAGUUUUCUCAGCCUUCGGCACUUAAAACACACAUGAGAAUCCACACAGGUGAAAAACCAUUUGUUUGCAAUGAUUGUGGAGCAAGAUUUACACAAAAUCACAUGCUUAUAUACCAUAAAAGAUGCCAUACAGGAGAGCGGCCUUUCAUGUGUGAAACAUGUGGGAAGAGCUUUGCCUCCAAGGAGUAUUUGAAACACCAUAAUCGAAUCCACACUGGAUCUAAGCCCUUUAAAUGUGAAGUUUGUUUCAGGACAUUUGCACAGAGGAAUUCGCUAUAUCAGCACAUCAAAGUUCAUACAGGUGAGCGUCCAUACUGCUGUGAUCAGUGUGGUAAGCAAUUCACUCAACUCAACGCACUGCAACGCCAUCAUCGGAUCCACACAGGGGAAAAGCCAUUCAUGUGCAAUGCCUGUGGGCGGACAUUCACCGACAAGUCUACUCUUCGGCGUCAUACCUCAAUUCAUGAUAAGAACACACCCUGGAAAUCUUUCCUUGUAGUUGUUGAAGGCACUUCUAAGAAUGAUGAGGAUCACAAGACUGAACUUCCUGAUGAAGAAUACGAUGGAUCCCAUCCCAAAUUAUCAGAAAAGCUGCUGCCAUUCUCUGAAAAUGGGCACUAUCAAAGUUUGACGGUUGUUCAAGAAAGCAUGACUGCCGUGCAUGAAAAUGGAUCUUCCUCUGUAACAGACUGUAAAUUGAGGCCUGCAACGGGGUCCCAAGAAGCCCCCAUAGCUACAGCUUUGCAUGAUCUGACAGUGUUGCACACACAGACAGAUUCGCUUCAACCACCUCUUCACAACUUGGUGAACAUGGAAUAGGUCCGCCAGUUGAGUAGAGGAGUUCAACAAGGGAAAAGUUACUUUAUAUUGUGUAAACUCUUGUAGUACAAUGACCUGUAAAAAGGUGCUGUUAGAGUCCUGUAUUCUACCCAAAUUAGUUGAAUCCAAAUGGAUGAAGUCAGUACUUAACCCAUUUGUCAAAGAGAAAAGUACUCUCAUGUUUUAUCUGCGUAAAGUAGAGGUCCAGAUCACAAUCAGUA